GUUGGCCUCACAGUCUACGUUUGUUGAUUUCUUGUAUUCAGUGACAGUUGACAGUCAUAAUAAAAUUUUUCUUUUUCUAAGUUUUCCCUCACGCCAGGUGUAAGUAGCCAAAACUGCGGUUGGUACCGUGAAUGUCGGAGCCCGAAGGGCCUCCCAUAGCUUCAGGAUUCAUCACAGAGUAUACAAAACGGCUGAAAAACAGAUGCCGACUAUCACAGCCACAAUACACCAAAAUAUUGAAGCUCAACUCACCAAAGUCUGCAAAAGCCAAAAUUAAAAGAACCGGACAAACUUAUGUGAGUACAAAUAUCUUUGACGCUCUUUGUCCAGCCAUAAUUCCUGAGAAAAAGGUGCUAGAGGCCCCCCAGGCAAAAAUUUCCAGGGAGUCACCUUCAAGUGACCCCCAAACACUUGCAACAGUGGAAGUAAACACAACUAACACAUCUGAAGGUGCUAAAACAACCCGCAAGUCGUCCACAACUGAUUCUGAGGAAUCCGAGGAUUUCCAGGACAGUCAAGAUAGCCAACAGGAACAAAACGAACAUGAGAAUUCGGUCAAGAGACUAUUAGACGUGCUUGAAAGCCCCGGGGAGUCAGAAAAAAUGGAUACCACUGACCACCAAAAUAAAAAGCCUGAAACAGGCGAAUAUCCCCCAGGAACAGCACCAUCUGCAGCAAACGUGCUCUCACCCGGCGCAAACAUAGUUUUUAAAAGUCUCCCAUUACCAAAAAAUGUGAUAAAAAAAGCAUUGAACUUCGGCACCACCGCCCACGGAGUGAACAAUACUCUAAAACCUCCAAAUCUACCAACUGGAAGUGUGGAUAACGCUCAAAAGAGGGGUGAAUUGAGUAGCCUCUCCCAAGGGCCAGUAUCCACACUCUCAGACACACAAAGACAAACGGCGACAGGAGCAAUCAGAAAAACGAGAAUAAAUAGCGACCCCAGACUUAGAAUAGAAGUUAAUCUAAAUGAUGUCCCCAGCAGUAUUGCAAAAAAUAUUCUUGAUUACGACCCAAAUAGUCACACAUCAGAUGAUGAACUGAGACAAAGAAAAGAAUAUGCGAAUAGACAUUCCAAUCUCCCUCAUUCGCCUAACAGCCUAUUUGAGCCAAGGUCACUGCAAGAAAGAGCCCUAUAUGAUAUGGAAACAGACGCAGAAGAAGGAAACAAUAAGAAUAACACAGACACUCCAUUCCAAACACCUAAGAAGUUCAGUAAAAACUUUGAGAAGCUAAUCCAUGAAAAAUCCAGAAAGACAAUCACUCCCACUAGGAAUCAGUUUCAACCACUAACGGAUGAAUCCGACUCCGAAGGGGAUGAUGAAAUUGGAAAAAUUGUCAAGAAGAGGAAAACAGGACUGAAAUACAAACCCCUUAACAUGGAAGACAUACAAACACCUGGUACGUCAAGCCAACAGACUACUCACUCUGCCAAACCCACACGAACAGACAUGAGAGGAAACAAAAACAAAGUAACUAUGCCACCCAUUGUAAUAGAUGGGAAAACAGCGAAUCAGAACAAUCUAAUCAAAGAUCUUAAGGCACUAGUAAAGGGUGAGUUCAGUAUCAAACAUACUAACUACACGACCAUAAUUUUUGUAGACAACAAAGAAGACCAUGUCAGGGUACUUAACAAUAUUAAAGAGGAAAAACUACCACACCACACCUACACCUCAAGGGACGACAAAACACACGCAUUCGUACUUAGAGGGCUGGCAAAAGGCACGAAAAUAUGCGACAUAGAAGAAAAUCUUGAUGAAGAACAUGAGAUAAAAGUCAAAGCUAUAUACACUAUGAAAACCAAAGACAGACCACUUUUUCUAGUGAUUACUGAUCCGGCUAUAACGAUAGAUUACUUAAACAAAAAUACAAGGCGUGUGCUGUAUACCAGGGUGACGUGGGAGCUACGAAAGUCGACAAAGAUAAUAAUACAAUGUCACAAUUGUCAGCAGUGGGGGCAUGCCACGGCCAAUUGUGGCCGGCCUCCACGCUGUCUUAAAUGUGCGGGUGAUCACCACACCCGAACGUGCACCAAAACAUUGGACACACCAGCUACGUGUGCAAACUGCGGGGGGGAUCACCCCGCAAACUACUCAAAAUGUACCAACUAUGUCGAAAAACUAGAAAGACUAAUGGAAAGAAGGCCAAAAGCAAGUACUAAAUAUGUACCCGCCCCCCAGCCCAGAAUUAAUCAAUGGGAGACAAGGAGGCAAAUGCAAAAUAAUAACGAAGAUUUUCCUGCACUACCGGAAAGAAGGCAACGUGAAAAUAUACCAUAUGCUAGAAACCCCCACAAAUUACCUGAAAUCUCAAGGCAAACAACUCCCGGCGGAUCCAUGGACGAUUUCGCGGCCCUAAAUGACGAAUUUGCUACACUAAAUCGGUUGGUAAAUAUAGGCGAAUUAAUCAGAGCAGUCAGAGCACUGAACGCUAAACUCAAAAAUUGCACAACGGGAAGAGAAAUAAUUGAAACUUACAACGCGUUCAUGACGGACGUAGACAUUAACUUCAAGCUUUUGAACUAAAUCUAACAUACAACACAGUAAAAUCAGUAACAUUCGUUAAAUACAUUGUAAAAUGCUUCUGUGGAAGUUUAUGCGACUGCGGAAUCGCUUUUUCCCAGAUAAACAUGGAUUUCUGUGUUUCUCGGGGAAAUUGGCGGGAGCAGGGGCAUGAAUGACUACAGAAUCGCACUCAUUACGGACAAAGAUGACAGAAAACAGGAUAAAAUUUGACGUACAUCCUCCUUAACAGCGACGACCCCACUGAAUAGUCAAAUCACUACGACGAUUAGUUACCAACUAUAGUCGGACGGAAGACUGCACGGUGACGUCAUCGCGAG